AUGAACAUGGAGUACGAUUGGAAAGAAGAACUAAACAGCAGGCAAAGAGCAGCUUGGGGCGCCUUCGGGCCCAUGAAGGGCCACAGACCAGCUGACAGACCCAGAGCGCCACCUGUUCGAUUCGACUGCCCUCCCUGCACCUGUUACGAACAGACGUGCCCUGGCAUUGUAGCUGCGUUGAAGGCUUUCAAACAACUCACAGAGCGCUUGAACGACGUCUUCUGA